AUUCUGAAGGAGUCAGAUCGGAAGUACUAUGGUAGCUGGUGUCACACUUUAAUACAUGCAUGGUGUCACAACAACAGAAGUCCGCUGAACACGGAUCUACUCUGCCGGUACUGCGUCAAAAAAGCCAAUGAGAACAGUUGCAGUCCUUGGAGGGGGGAUCGGGGGUUUGGCAGCAUCUUACUACCUUUGCAAGAGCCCCCAGGUUACCAAGGUCAUUUUAUUGGAGUCCAGCAGUCGCUUUGGAGGUUGGCUGUGGUCCACCAGGAGGUCUGAUGGGGCGGUGUUUGAACAUGGACCCAGAGGGAUUCGACCCGCUGGGGCAGUGGGACGCAACACACUCAAUAUGGUGGAUGACCUGGGUCUUGGGGGGGAGAUCCUGCCAGUCACCUCCAGUCAUGUCGCCUCCCAGAACAGAUAUGUGUAUGUCAACAAACAGCUCCACAAGAUGCCUUCAGGAAUAAGUGGACUUCUGCGAACGGUACCACCCUUCUCUCGUCCCCUCCUGUUGAGUGUUGCCAUGGAGAUACUAGUGAAGAAAGGCAAGCAGGAGGACGAGUCCAUCCAUUCGUUUGUUUCUAGGAGGCUAGGGAAGGAGCUGGCAGACAUAGCUGUGGACAGUUUGUGUCGAGGUGUGUUUGCGGGGGACUGCAGGAAGUUGAGUGUGCGUUCUUGUUUUCCUCCCUUGUACAAAGCAGAGCAGCGCAGAGGUUCGCUGAUACUGGGCAUGCUGCUGGGCUCAGGUCCAACUCCUGUGGUCCCCCCCGGCCCUCUGGCUCAAAGAUCUAUGGACGAGUCGUGGGCCCAGUGGUCCCUGAGCAGGGGAGUGGAGUCCCUCCCAGAAUCCAUCGCUGCGUACCUGCAACAGAGCGGGCGAGUGCAGCUUCACAGAGAGGCAGCUGUUCAACUGAUCAGUCCUUCAGCCUCUGGGUGGAAGAUCAAUUUGGAGGAUGGAGUCAUAUCAGCUGACCACAUCAUCUCUGCACUACCUGCUAAAGCGCUCUCCUCAGUCCUGCCGUCCUCCUGUCAACCUCUCAUCCAGCUGCUACAGGACAUCUCCACGGUAACAGUUGCCGUGGUAAAUCUGGAGUACGAGGGUUCCAUCCUGCCUGUAAUGGGUUUUGGUCACCUGCUUCCAUCAUCGGAGAAUCGAGGUGUACUCGGGGUCGUCUACGACUCGGUUCCCUUCCCUCAACACAACAGACCUGAUGGACAGACGACUAGACUCACGGUGAUGAUGGGUGGGGCCUGGUUCCAGGAAGUGUUUGGGGAUCCAGAGACAGUAACGGAGGAAUAUCUUUUAGCAAGAGCCACGGAGGCGGUGAACAGCCAGCUGGGAGUCACCGCAGCACCGAGCUGGAGUCGGGUGACUCUACAGAAGGACUGUAUAACUCAGUACUACCAAGGACACCAUCGGAGAGUAGAGUCCAUGCGUAGCUUCAUAAGGGAGAAUAAUCUCUCGCUAUCUCUGAUUGGUUCCUCCUAUGACGGCGUGUCAGUCAACGAUGUCAUCUUUAAUGGACGAACGGCUGCAGAGGAGCUGUUGGGAACUGGAGUUUGAUGCACAGCAUGACAGCAAGUGGAUCAGCUGUUGCUCUGCAGGCCUGUGUGUCUAUAAAUAUAGUUGUUUUUUUUAAGGAAGAAGAAUCUGUGUCUUAUAGGUAAAACAUUUUCUAUUUGCUGGUGCUCUAAGGUGUCAAUGUUGUACAUAUGUAAAGCCCUCGGAGGCAUAUUUGCGUCAUAUAAAUAAGAGAAAAUACUGUUUGUCAGACUU